AAGCGCACGCCCAAUACAAAGACGUGAGUCAACAUUGUAUACCCCUCCACCGCCACUUUACUAACCACUGUCGCAGAUGCUGGGGCUAUACCUUUGAACUCACCCCCGACCACCUCACACCCGAGGAAUGCGAGCCUUUACGACAAUCGUAUGACCUCCUCGGCGAACAAGUCCUUGAUCGCAUCAACGAAAUCUCCCCGCCGCCACGCAAAGACCUCCCGAGACACACGAGCCAGUUCAACGCGGACGUACAGAAAGAUGGGACAAUACCAAAUGCAGAUGGGGGCCAGACUGCUCCCAAGAACCCCCCAAGAGACCUGUAUGAGAUAUUGCGAGAUCACAAAGAUACGGACGACCUACUCCAACGCUUCUGGGGCGAGGUGACGACUAUUCCUUCGUGGGUUGAUUGGGAUCAGAUAAGCCGGGGGCAAGACGUCUUCUACCGCUACGGGGGAGCAUGCUUCACCGGUCUGGCAUACCAGAGCUUGCUAGGUGGGAUGGGUGCCGCAAGGGUGGUAGAGACACUGGCGCGCACAGGUGGCUUCUCCACCAAAGUGGCGCGCAGUCGCAUGUUUGAAACAACGCAGCACAUCUUGCAAUGCACCAAAUCGCUGGAAAGCAUCCAGCCCGGCGGCGACGGCUUUGCAUCCACAAUCCGCGUGCGCCUCCUGCAUGCAGCCGUGCGGCAGCGAAUCCUGAACCUGACGAAGAGCAAGCCGGAGUACUACGAUGUAGAGGCCUGGGGCGUGCCGAUCAACGACCUCGAUUCCAUGGCCACCAUCGGCACCUUCUCCGCCACCCUCAUCUGGCUCAGUCUCCCGCGUCAAGGCAUCUACCUGCGCCAGCAGGAAAUCAUCGAUUACAUCGCGCUGUGGCGGUACAUCGGCUACCUCGUCGGCUGUCCGACAGAGCACUUUGAGACGCCGGAAAAGGCCAAACGCCUCACCGAAUCACUCCUCCUUUACGAGAUUCGGCCGACGGCGACGUCCAAAAUCCUAGCAAAUAACAUUAUCAAAUCUUUAGAAGGCCAGCCGCCGGGCUAUGCCUCCGCCGACUUCCUCACCGCCUCCGCGCGCUGGCUAAACGGCAACGACCUCUGCGACGAACUCGGCCUCUCCCGCCCGAGCGCCUACUACUGGGCCCUAAUGGCAGGCCAAUGCCUCUUCUUCAGCUUCUUCUGCUACACCUACCGCUCCGUGCCGUCCUGGGAUCGCAAAAAGAUCGAAAUGCUAAAGGGCUUGUUCUACCAAAUCAUCGUGCAUUCGAAGUACGGGUUGAAGGGCGAGGAGACGCGCUUCGAUUUCAAGUAUGUGCCCGAGUACUCGACGAUUACCGAGUUGGGGGAGUGCGAGGAGGAGAAGGCGAGUCAUUCGUAUGUGGAGAGGAGGAAUCGGAAUGCUGUGCUGAUUGCUGUGGGGGUCAUGGGUGUGGGUGGUUGGGUUGCUUGGAGGGUUGUUGGGGGGUUUGUGAGAGCGAUUUGGUGAGCGUGUAUACAUGCAUUUUAGAUGAGCACUGGAUCACGAGUGCAUUAUUGAACGAUUGAUUUGCUUGGU